AUCGCAAAUUUAUCACACUGGUCUACUGCCAUUGGAGAUUGGCACCGCCGGUGCAUCGUCCUGUCUCUUCCGCACGACCACCUUCUCUCCCUCCCGCGCCGUCAUGCACUUCUUCUCCCAGUCUUUCAAGUAUGAUCACUCAUGGUCUCACGUCGUCAUUGGAAUGUGGCACAAAUACCCCAACCCGCAUUGUACUCAUGUCGUUACCGUCGAUGUCCUCGAUCGUGCAGUUGAUCCGACAACUGGAAUAAUACGGACGGAACGUGUUCUCGGGUGCAAGCAGAAGGCGCCUUCAUGGAUAGUCAAGCUUUUUGGCGGCUCAGAAGAUGCUUUUGUUCGUGAAAUAUCCUUCAUAGACCCCGCAACGCAAACCGCAACCAUAACAUCCGUCAACCUCUCGCUGUCUCAGUUCGCUACCUGCUACGAGCGAAUACAGUACAAACCGAUGUCCUCUACCCAAACGUCCUUUACGCAGACAGCAGAGAUACAGGCGCGGAUGGCUAUGUGGAGAAGUAUGACAGACAAGUUUGAGGGUUGGAUGGUUCAGCGCUUCGAGCAGAACGCUAUUUCGGGUAAAGCGGGAUUCUCGGACGUGCUCAGGACAAUGUGGGAGGCCAAGGAGCAGCAGACUGCACCAUCAUAGAACGGCAGCAUAUCCGGUCUGUUUCCUCCUUUUGCUUGCGCUUUUAGCAUGUUAGAUGCGUUCCCUAGAUCCUCCCUAGAUCACAGUCAAAACGUCCACCUUGACGA